AUGACCAUCACAGCUAUGUCGGAAGCUACUGAGAAAGAGAAGAUGCUUCGCGGGGAGCUCUACCACGCCUUCACCCCGGACUUGAUAGCUGCUCGUGCGCGCUGCAAGUGGGCCUGUAAUCGAUUCAAUAAGUCGGACGAGGUGCCCCGUCGGCGUCUCGUUGAAAUGUGGAGAGAUAUCGCCGACGACAAGACCCCUCUGCCACCAAAGCUGGAUGACCCCGCAGCUGAUGAAGCUCUCUUUGAGAAGGAACCCUGGGUCGAAUCUCCUGUCCAUAUAGACUACGGGUUUAACGUCAAGCUUGGAGCAGGCGUCUUCGUCAACUUUAACUGUGUCUUCGUCGACACAUGUCCCAUCACAGUUGGGGCUCGUACUUUGUUUGGCCCCAAUGUUAGCUUGUUCUCUGGGACUCAUCCGCUUGACCCUGCCCUGCGUAAUGGCACUGAGGGCCCUGAGACUGGCAAGCCGAUUGUUAUCGGGGAGGACUGCUGGCUCGGCGGGAAUGUGACUGUACUUCCUGGCGUCACUAUUGGCAGAGGCGUGACUAUUGGAGCUGGGAGUGUGGUUACCAAGGAUGUGCCCGCCUUUCAUGUGGCUGCGGGAAACCCAGCUAGGAUCAUUCGUCGAAUUGAAACGACAAUGAAAGAGUGA